ACCAACAUGGCGGUAUUUGCCGUUAACUUACACACAUAGCAAACUAAUGGUAGCUGUGAGGAGCGUUUGUUUUAACUGAAAUUAUAUAUUAACAUAAUGGCAGAACCGAGUGGUGAUGGAAAUGUUGUUCGGUAUUACUGCACCGCUGGGAAUGGGAUGGAGCCUUUUUUAAUUGACGAAGUGAAGAGGAAGCUUGCUGCGGAUGACGUAUGUCAGAUAUCUGGGAAGGUGCUGUUCAGCUCCUCUGCAACAAUUAAGCGAGUGAUUGGUCUUAAGGCUGCAGAAAGGCUCUUCAUUUUGUUGAAGCAAGACUCUCCUUUUAGGCUUCUAGGCCACACCAGCCCAGCAAAAGCAGCUUCUGUUCUGCUAUCCAAACUUCUGGAAGAAAGAGAUGAGUGGUCCAAUGCUGUAGUGACAUGGAACCGCCUGCAGAGGGAGUUGACAACCUGCAAAAAUUCUGCCAUAACGUCGAGCACUGCCCUGACAGUUAUGGAGACUAGAGAGGUGGAGGGAAGCGUUGAAAAGCAGAGGGAAGAGGAACCAAAGUGCCCUGUGGAGUCUAGAAAACGUACUUGUGAAUUUAAGGAGGACGAAAGGCUGACAAGGGCCGGUCAAAAUGGAAUGCAAACUUCAGAAAAGAAAAGAAAAAAGGACAUUGAGGAGGAGGACAAAUGGGACAACUUAUCUGCUGAGAGUAAUGUAGAGGAGUUAACCAGAAUUAGAAAUGAUGGAUCAAACAUCAAUGACUGCAGAUCAGUUUCUCAUGAAGAAUCACCAGUGCUGGAGCACAAUGUGAAAUCUAGCAGCAAAAGGGAGGAUGAGAUGGGAAAAGAUGUAAACUCUGAAAAAGUCUCUUUUAGGAUUAGCUGCAAAUGCACUGGAUCACUGUCCCGAUGCCUUGGAGCUCAGGAAGUGAGCAAAGUGUUGGGGGCAGGUGUGAGCAGAGUGCUGGGCUGGAAGGCUGACAUGAAAAGUCCACAGGUGGAGAUAAAUGUCUGUUUGAGUGACGACUUCUGCCUGCUGGGGAUUCCAGUGACCAGACUACCUUUAGCUUACCGGAGCUAUGUUAAAACCACCGGACUGAGGUCUACAAUAGCCUGGGCCAUGGGCACACUCGCUGAGAUACAGCCAGGCUUCUGUGUGGUUGAUCCGAUGUGUGGGGUUGGAAGCAUCCUAACAGAAGCAGCACAAGAACAUAAGGCUGCCUGGUUUCUGGGUGUGGAUAUUGAUGAUGGACAGUUGAAGAAAGCCAAUGAGAACAUAGCAUUUGCAGAGCUGGGAGGCAGAAUUAACCUGCUGAGAGCCUCAUCUCUGGUGCUGCCCAUGCCCAGCGCCAGCGUCGAUGCUGUGGUUUGUGAUUUGCCAUUUGGCCGAAAGUUUGGCAACAGAAUAAACAUGGCUUCAGAGUUGCCGCUCAUCCUCAGCGAGUUUGAGAGAAUCCUUCGUAUAGUGGAAAUAAUGAACUCCAGUGUCGACCUGUCCCGGCGGAAUCCGCAGGAGGAUUUCGAGCUGAUCCAGCGGAUAGGAAGCGGCACAUACGGAGAUGUGUACAAGGCUCGUAAUGUAAACACAGGAGAGCUGGCUGCUAUCAAAGUCAUCAAACUGGAACCGGGCGAGGACUUUGCUGUCGUCCAGCAGGAGAUCAUAAUGAUGAAGGACUGCAAACACUCCAACAUUGUUGCCUACUUUGGCAGUUACCUCCGGAGAGAUAAGUUAUGGAUCAGUAUGGAGUACUGUGGAGGAGGGUCUCUGCAGGAUAUCUAUCAUGUAACCGGGCCUUUGUCAGAGUCACAGAUAGCCUACAUGUCACGGGAAACCCUGCAGGGUUUGUAUUACCUGCACAAUAAGGGCAAAAUGCACAGAGACAUUAAGGGAGCCAACAUUCUCCUGACAGACAGCGGCUAUGUUAAACUAGCUGACUUUGGCGUAUCAGCCCAGAUCACAGCAACGCUUGCCAAAAGGAAGUCAUUCAUUGGAACGCCUUACUGGAUGGCUCCAGAGGUAGCAGCAGUGGAGAGGAAAGGAGGCUACAACCAGCUGUGUGAUAUCUGGGCAGUUGGCAUCACCGCCAUAGAGCUGGCAGAACUACAGCCACCUAUGUUUGAGCUACACCCAAUGAAGGCUCUGUUUUUAAUGACCAAGAGUAACUUCCAGCCUCCUAAGUUGAAAGAUAAACUCAAGUGGACGAAUAAUUUCCACCAUUUUGUCAAACUGGCUCUGACCAAGAACACAAAGAAGAGGCCCACGGCUGAAAAACUGCUGCAGCACCCAUUUGUGUCGCAGCCCCUCAGCAGGACGCUGGCCAUCGAGCUGCUGGACAAAGCCAACAACCCCGACCACAGCACGUUCAACGACUUUGACGACGACGACCCCGAACCUGAGUCUCCAGUGUCUGUUCCUUAUCGCAUCCACUCCAACAGCCGGAGCACCAGGGAAGGAAAGACCCUGUCCGAGAUCAACUUUGGUCAAGUGAAGUUUGAUCCUCCUUUGAGAAAAGAGACAGAGCCUCAUCAUGAGCCGUGUGAUUCUGAGCCCUAUCUGGACUGUGUUGAGGAGCUCUACUAUACAGCGAGAUCUAAUCUGGAUUUACAUCUGGAGUACGACCCCGAUUCACCAAGUCUGCUGGGAGGAAACAAGAGCCUUCUCAAAUCUGUGGAGGAGGAACUUCAGCAGAGGGGCCAUGUGGCACACUUAGGGGAUGAUGAGGAUGAGGAUGAUGAUGGUGCAGAUGAUGAUGAAACUCACGCUCAUAAAUCGAGCACUAUCAUGAGGCCGAAGGUCCCACCCCCGCUCCCCCCUAAGCCCAAGUCCAUCUGCUCGUCCCAGCAGCAUCUCCACAAACAAGACGAUAGCCAAUCACACAGUGAGGAUGAUGGGGGAGGCGGGACCAUCAAGCGCUGUCCAGUACCUGAGACGGCGAGCCCCGCCAAGCCGGCCUCCCACGUCCCCCCGCGGCCGCCACCCCCGAAGCUGCCGCCCCACCGCCGCAGUAGCCUAGGUAACGACAGCCCAAAGCGCAAUGACGCGGAAAACUCUGCCCCAGAAGAUGAUGGGAGCUUUAGACAUUUCUGGGAGUGGCUCCACACGCCUCACACAGAGGAGGAGCUGGAGGAGGCGUGGGAGGUGCUGAAGGAAGUGAAAGAGGAGCAGGAACAGGAAGAGAGUAACGGGCUAAACACGCCCCACAAUGGCGAGAGGGAAGGUCCAGCCGAGAGGCAGUCCACCAUGCCACCUAGUGUCCCCAUUCGGAAAGACAAGAAGGAUGUUCCGAUGCCUGUCAGUAAUGGUCUCCCUCCAACACCCAAAGUCCAUAUGGGUGCGUGUUUCUCCAAGGUGUUCAACGGCUGUCCUCUGAAGAUCCACUGUGCCACCUCAUGGAUCAAUCCCGACACCAGAGAUCAGUAUUUGAUAUUCGGAGCUGAAGAGGGAAUUUACACGUUAAACCUCAAUGAGCUGCAUGAGACAACGAUGGAACAGCUCUUCCCUCGGCGGUGCACGUGGUUAUACGUCAUGAACAACUGUCUUCUUUCCAUAUCUGGAAAAGCCUCCCAGCUGUACUCCCACAACCUGAGCGGUCUCUUUGAGCAGGCCCGACAGUUACAGAAAUUACCAGUAGCCAUUCCCACGCACAAGCUGCCUGAUAAGAUUAUUCCAAGGAAGUUUGCUGUGUCCAAUAAAAUUCCAGACACCAAAGGGUGCCAAAAGUGCUGCGUAGUGCGUAACCCAUACACUGGCCAUAAAUACCUGUGUGGAGCCUUCCAGUCUAGUGUCAUGCUGUUGGAGUGGGUGGAGCCCAUGCAGAGGUUCAUGCUCAUUAAGAGCAUCGACUUCCCGUUGCCAUGUCCACUGGAGGUCUUUGAGAUGCUGGUGGUCCCGGAGCAGACCUACCCCCUCAUCUGUGUUGCGGUCAGCAAAGGAACCGAGCUCAGCCAGGUGGUCCAGUUCGGCACCGUCAACCCCAACACGGCCUCCUCCUUGUUCACAGAAGCAGACACGCCCCAGUCGUGCGUGAUCCACGUCACACAGCUGGAGAGAGACACUAUCCUCGUCUGCCUCGACAGAUGCAUAAAGAUAGUCAACCUUCAGGGGCGGCUGAAAUCCAGCAGGAAGUUAUCAGCCGAGCUCACUUUUAACUUCCAGAUAGAGGCCAUAGUUUGCCUCCAAGACAGUGUUCUGGCCUUCUGGAGACAUGGCAUGCAGGGACGGAGUUUCAAGACCAAUGAGAUCACUCAGGAGAUCUCUGACAGUACGCGGAUCUUCAGACUACUGGGAUCAGACAGGGUGGUGGUGCUGGAGAGCCGGCCUACGGACAACCCCACAGCCCACAGCAACCUCUACAUCCUGGCAGGCCACGAAAACAGCUACUGA